CGUCACCGGGACUGCCUCGGUCCACGGUGGGGAAAACGUGGAGGACUUAAUUUCACGUUGUGUGCUGGAUUUCUUAACAAAAAUAACCUCAACAUCACAAAGAUCCUCUGACAUUCACUGACCUGUCAAGCUAACAAGAAUGGAGUACAUGCAAGCUCCUGCCACAAGCAGCCAGGGGAACAUCCUGUGCUGCACCUGUGGCAUCCCCAUCCCUCCCAACCCAUCCAACAUGUGUGUAGCCUGCCUGCGUACCCAAGUCGACAUAUCAGAGGGAAUCCCCAAGCAAGUCACAGUGCACUUCUGCAAGCAGUGUGAAAGGUACUUGCAGCCUCCAGCCAGCUGGGUGCAGUGUGCCCUGGAGUCCAGAGAACUGCUGGCCCUUUGCCUGAAAAAAAUUAAGAGCUCUAUGACCAAAGUGCGUCUCAUUGAUGCUGGCUUCCUGUGGACAGAGCCGCACUCCAAAAGGAUUAAGAUGAAAGUGACCAUCCAGAAGGAGGUGAUGAACGGCGCUAUCCUGCAGCAGGUAUUUGUGGUUGAGUUUGUCAUCCAGUACCAGAUGUGUGACGACUGCCACCGUGUGGAAGCCAAGGACUUCUGGAAGGCUGUGGUCCAAGUCAGGCAGAAGACGCUUCACAAAAAGACGUUCUACUAUUUAGAGCAGCUGAUCCUGAAGCACAAACUCCACCAGAAUGCCCUCAACAUCAAAGAAAUCCAUGAGGGGAUUGAUUUCUACUAUGGCUCCAAGCAGCAUGCUCAAAAGAUGGUUGACUUCCUCCAGUGCACCGUGCCCUGCAGGUCAAAGACAUCCCAGCGCCUCAUCUCUCACGACAUCCAUUCAAACACGUACAACUAUAAGAGCACCUUCUCUAUGGAGAUAGUGCCUGUCUGCAAGGACAACGUAGUAUGCCUUUCACCACGGCUGGCGCAGAGCCUGGGGAACAUGGGUCAAGUGUGUGUGUGCGCCCGUGUCACCAGCACCAUCCACCUGAUUGAUCCCAACACCCUGCAGAUUGCUGAGGUGGAUGGAAACACAUACUGGCGCAACCCCUUCAACAGUCUCUGCAACCCACGGCAACUGGAGGAGUUCAUCGUCAUGGACAUCGACAUCAUCAGAAACCAGAAGCUAGGCGCUGGUGCCGGCAUGAGGUCCAAUAAGCACACCCUGGCUGAGGUGUGGGUCCAGAAAACGUCCGAGAUGGACACCAGUCAGCAGUAUCACUGCCGUACAUUCCUGGGCCACCUGCUCAAUAUUGGAGACCUGGUACUGGGGUUUGACUUUGCCAAUUCCAACAUAAAUGAUGAGUACCUGAAUAAGAUGAACCCUCACCAUGUUCCUGAUGUGGUGCUGAUCAAGAAGAGCUACGACCGCAGCAGAAGGGUGAAGCGCAGGAACUGGAAGCUGCAGGAGAUGGCGAGAGACCGUGAAGGCAUGGACACAGAUGAUGAGAGACAAUACCAAGAUUUCCUGGAGGACCUGGAGGAGGAUGAGGCUCUGAGGAAGAACGUUAACAUCUACAGAGAUGUUUCAAAGAUCCCAGUGGAGAGUGACACCGAUGAUGACGGAGCCCCGCAAAUCUCGCUGGUGGAGAUGCUGGAGGAACUCAGCCUGACGGAUGCAACAGGAGGAGAGGGUGCUGACAUGAUGACAGACUGAACGGUCACCAUCUCGCCUGUGUGACACUGACAGCUGACCUGUCAAGUACAGGUCUGUUGAUACAGUGACGCCAUCACACACAGAGCUGAACUAACAGCGGACUCAGGACUGAUUGAGCGAUUGACACUUCAGCUUUUGGUACUGCAAAAAUCUGCCGCUCAUCACACUGCAGUAAUGACUCAUUACAGUUAAAAACCCAUCAACUGUGGGUUAUUAUGGUGCCACUCGGUGACAAAUUCUUUUCUAAAGUAAUAUUUCUCCCCUCUGUGAUGUAUCAUUUUGAAGUGAUGUGGAAGUAGAAUGCUUCUACUUCACUUUAUUAAAAGAAAUAUUUGUCCAAAAGCAAA